AUGCGAACUCGAUCGAGUCGGUCUACAGAAGACUUGGUCGAGCUAGACUUUACAACGGGUAGAAAGAGGGUUCAGAGGUCACAGAGGGUACAAGAGGAACCUGAGGUGCUUGUUGCUGAUACAAUGGAUGUACCAGAGGGGAAUGGAAACCCUUUGGGCAAUGGACUCGGUCGAGCUAGGCAAACUCGACCGAUUGGUCAAGGAGAUGCUCCAAACCGCCACCAACAGAGACAAGGGAUUGUUCCACCACCAGUGCAGAACCACAACUUUGAGAUCAAGCUGGGAAUGAUCAACCUUGUCCAGAACAAGAUGUUCCAUGGAUUGCCAAGUGAAGACCCCAUUGACCACCUUGAUGAGUUUGAUAGGCUUUGUGAUUUGACAAAGAUCAAUGGUGUCUCUGAAGAUGCCAUCAAGCUGAGACUCUUUCCUAUGUCUCUAGCUGACAAAGCUCACCAAUGGGAGAAGAGCUUGCCCCAUGGCACAAUCACCACUUGGGAUGAAUGCAAGAAGGCCUUUCUUGCUAAGUUUUUCUCCACCGGUCGCACAGCCAAGCUUAGAGGAGUGAGAUAUCCAGCUUCAUCCAGCGAAACAAUGAGACAUUCGCAGAGGCUUGGGAGAGGUUCAAAGGGUACACAAGCUAUCAAACAGGAAGGGGAGGAGCAACAACAUACAAGCACCCCUCCAACCACAAGGAAGACCAUCUAUGGUCACACAUUUUACCAAGCACCUGUGGCUUACAGAAUCACUCCACACAGAUCCAACCAGAAAGGGCACCUUCCAAGUUUCCCACCAGGAUUCCCACCAAUGCUAUACCCAACCAAGCCAAGAUUGGGAUAUGAAGGAUAUGCUCCAACAACUCCUUCAAGGGCAAGCCAAAGGUUCACUAGAAAUGAACCACAAGUUGAGAUAAACUCCAAACUGGAGUCAUUGACUUCAAGAGUGCAAACCAUUGAGUCUUCUAGUGCGUCAUCCUCUUCAUCUCAAGAGUAUGCUCAAGCUGUUACACUGAGAAGUGGGCGACAGUUUCCAAGCAGGGGUAGCCCACCCCAAAUCGCUGUGGACAUCGAUGACGAGGAAGGGGAGGAUUUGGUCGAGUAUGACGAUAUUCCGGCACCGAACUCGAUCGAGCUGGAACAAAACCCUGAACCAGACUCGAUCGAGCUGAAGAAACCGAGACUCAGAAAGACAAACCAGAGCUCGAUCGAGUUUGAUGAACUAAUGAGACAGCUGAGCUGA